AAAAAGCUGAAAACUGAACUAUUAAAACUGACACUGACAGUUCAUUGACAGAGUUCUUUUUCAGCCUUUCCUGCAUUUUCGUUUCGUAAAAUAUUUUUCGGAGCUUAAUUUUGCAAAAAUGUCUGGAUAUAUCGCAAGAAAAGGACCUCUUGUAUUCUCAAACCUUGGCAAAUGGGCAUACAAUCUGUCAGGAUUCAACCAAUAUGGUCUUCAUCGAGAUGAUCUGUUAUAUGAGAACGAAGAUGUUAAAGAAGCAAUCAGACGUUUGCCUCGUCAAGUCUAUGAUGAGCGCAAUUACCGCAUCGUAAGAGCCUUGAACUUGUCGCUCACCAAAACCAUUCUUCCAAAAGAACAAUGGACCAAGUACGAAGAAGAUACCAAAUACUUGGAGCCAUAUUUGAAGGAAGUCAUCAGGGAGCGAGAAGAACGCGAAGAUUGGAUUAAGAAUCAUUAAAAGAAAAAAACAAUCCAAUAGAUAAAUUAAAUAAAUAACAAUCUUAAUAAACUGCUUCUAAACUUAAACUGCUUAGAUUAUGCUUUCGCUAUGUUGUACCAAAAUCCUGUUGUUGUUUUCUAAUAAAAAAUGUUUUUUGAGGCUU